AUGUUGACAAACUCUGCACUUAUUAGUGAACAGGCCAGACCGCCGUUGCUCAGUACUCCAUUCAAGACGCGCUUUUCGAUAGUGUUCAAUCAUCUAAGAAGAAAGGAAGUGAAGAUAGUGAAACUGAGAACAAUAACCAUGAACGGUGUGAAUCUGAGAAAAAAAAAUAGGACUAGUGUCAUGAACUGUAGUGUUAGUAUGAUUAGUAAAUAUGACAAAAGAAGUGCACCAGCGGCAAGCGUGUCUUCAGGCAGUGAAUGGUCAGAAAAAAUUAGUUCAUCUGGCGAGAAGUAUUAUUAUAACCGUGUCAGUGAAUUGUCACAGUGGGAGAAGCCUAGGGAAUGGGACUCACAGAGGACAUUAUCAAAAGAUUCUACAUACUCUUCCAGAAGUAAUGAACCUGAAGCUGUUCUACCAACUAUUGUAAACAUUAUUAAGUCAUCUGUAUUCCUCAACAGCACCCGCAAACAAAAUUUCAAAUGUAAAACUAGAGGUGUAACUCGUCGCAGAUUUCUAAAACUAAAAGAAAACUUCAAAAACCAAAAACAAUAG